UUGAGUAGGCGGGUUACUUAGCAACAGCCUAGAGAUAAUGGAAUAAUAGUUUUUUUAAAAAAAAAGACUGGCUGCAAUCUUUACUUUAAAAAAGAAACAUUUAAUUUUGUUUGUAUUGAUUAAAUUUGACAGUUUGGGCUUCUGACGUCAAGGCUGGCGUCAUGCGCUCGGGGAUACCCGAGUUUGGGGGGGAGAGAGAAAAAAGUCAAACCUCGUGGGGGAGGGUGAAGAUUGUUCGAGAUUAGGCAUAGGAACUCUCGCGGGAAGUAGCUAUAGAAACCGAGCCGCUUUCUCUCACAGUGGAAAACGGCAGAGAAGCUCUUCUUUUCUUGGGGAGGGUUUUUUGUCGGGUGCGGUUAGGAGACUGGCGCCUUUAGUUUCAUGGAGGUUCAGAACACCUGUCCUAGGAGAGGCCUACUUCCUUUCUCCUGACUCCGAGUUCUCUUUGUUGUAACAUAUGCAAUCAAGACAACAUUUCUUCAUCCAUGAAUCUGCUGCCUUAUCAGCACAGAAAAUAAAGUCCAAAUGAGGUUAAAGAUAUCACUGCUAAAAGAACCAAAACAUAAGGAAUUAGUUAGCUGUGUGGGCUGGACAACAGCAGAUGAACUGUAUUCGUGCAGCGAUGAUCACCAAAUUAUAAAAUGGAACUUGUUAAAUGGAGAAACAGCACAAGUUGUCAAGCUUCCUGAUGAUAUCUAUCCUUUAGAUCUUCACUGGUUUCCUAAAAGUUUAGGUGGAAAGAGACAAACCCAUGCUGAGAAUUUUGUACUUACAAGUUCUGAUGGUAAGUUUCAUUUGAUUUCUAAAACUGGAAGAGUUGAAAAAAGUGUAGAAGCCCACUGCGGAGCUGUACUUGCAGGAAGAUGGAAUUAUGAAGGUACCGCACUUGUUACAGUUGGUGAAGAUGGACAAAUAAAAAUUUGGUCCAAGAGUGGAAUGCUAAGAUCCACAUUAGUACAACAAGGAACACCUAUAUAUUCAGUAGCAUGGGGUCCAGAUUCUGAAAAGAUUCUUUACACAUCAGGAAAGCAGCUGAUUAUCAAACCACUUCAGCCAAAUGCUAAAGUUUUACAGUGGAAAGCUCAUGAUGGAAUUAUUCUAAAAGUUGAUUGGAAUUCUGUCAAUGAUCUUAUUUUGUCAGCUGGGGAAGACUGUAAAUAUAAGGUAUGGGAUAGCUAUGGUCGUUUGCUGUAUAGCUCAUUGUCCCAUGAAUAUCCUGUCACUUCUGUUGCUUGGGCUUUGGAUGGGGAAUUAUUUGCUGUUGGAUCCUUUCACACUUUACGACUUUGUGAUAAAACAGGGUGGUCCUAUGCUUUAGAGAAGCCAAACACUGGCAGCAUAUUCAAUAUUGCUUGGUCUACUGAUGGUACACAAUUAGCUGGGGCUUGUGGAAACGGACAUGUGAUUUUUGCCCAUGUUGUGGAACAGCGCUGGGUAUGGAAAAACUUUGGAAUAACAUUGACUAAGAGAAGAACCAUGGAGGUUCGUAAUGUACUUAAUGAUGCAGUGGAUUUGCUGGAAUUUCGUGACAGAGUCAUUAAAGCAUCUUUGAAUUUUGGUCAUUUAGUAGUUUCAACAUCUCUCCAGUGUUACAUAUUCUCAGUUAAAAACUGGAAUACACCUUUAAUCUUUGACCUCAAAGAAGGAACUGUCAGUUUAAUUUUACAAGCAGAAAGGCAUUUUGUUCUUGUUGAUGGUGGAGGAAUCUACUUAUAUUCCUAUGAGGGACGUUUAAUUUCCUCUCCAAAGUUUCCAGGCAUGAGAACUGACAUACUGAAUGGCCAAACUGUAUCCUUGAGUAGUGAUACUUUAGCUAUAAGGGACAAAUCUGAUGAAAAAGUUAUUGAUCUGUUUGAACCUUUAUCUGGCAAACCAUUAGGAGAUGGAAAACCUCUUAGUCAUAAGACAGAAAUUGUGGAAAUUGCCUUAGAUCAGAAGGGUCUUACAAAUGAAAGGAAAAUGGCUUUUAUUGACAAAAAUAGAGAUCUUUAUAUAACUUCCGUGAAGAGAUUUGGAAAAGAACAGAAAAUUAUCAAAAUAGGAACAAUGGUGCAUACUCUGGCAUGGAAUGACACAUGCAACAUACUAUGUGGUCUGCAGGAUACACGUUUCACAGUCUGGUACUAUCCCAAUGUAGUGUAUGUAGACAAGGAUCUCUUGCCAAAAACACUCUAUGAAAAGGAUGCAAGUGAAUUUAGUAAAAGUCCCCAGAUCUUAAGUUUUGUUGGCAAUCAGGUAACAAUUAGAAGAGCUGAUGGUUCACUUAUUCACAUCAGUAUUUCACCAUAUCCAGCUAUUCUUCAUGAAUAUGUGAACAAUUUGAAAUGGGAAGAUGCCAUCAGAUUGUGUCGCUUUGUCAAGGAUCAAACAUUAUGGGCUUGUUUAGCUGCUAUGGCAAUAGCCAAUAAAGAUAUGAACACAGCAGAAAUAGCCUAUGCAUCAGUUGGCGAGAUUGAUAAAGUUCAGUAUAUCAGUUCCAUCAAAGAUCUUCCAUCAAAGGAAUCAAGAAUGGCUCAUAUUCUGCUUUUUAGUGGAAAUGUCCAGGAUGCUGAAACUUUGCUUCUGCAAGCUGGGCUUAUUUACCAGGCAAUUCAAGUUAAUAUUAAUCUAUACAACUGGGAAAGAGCACUAGAACUUGCUGUGAAACACAAGACGCACGUUGACACAGUGCUGGCUUACCGACAAAAGUACUUGGAUGACUUCAGUAAAAAAGAAACGAAUCAGCGAUUUUUGCAAUAUGCAGAAAGGCUUGAUGUUAACUGGGAUAAAAUCAAAGCUAAAAUUGAGUUGGAAAUUGCAAAAGAACGAGAACGAGCUACUGCUACUCCAACAGUCAGAGGAAGCAUGAUCAUUCAGCGCUAAGAGUUGUAUUGGUUUUAUGAAAUCUGAACUUUGUAUAUGUAAUUCAGCAUACUAAGUUACUGAUAAUAUUUAUAUAUAAUGCUUAGUUUUUUAGUUAGUUUAAAAAAUGAAUUUGUAUGUAUGUAACCUGCUGGAAUGAUAAAUGUUUUUGUUAUAAUUUUUAUAUUAUAACAAAUAGAUUUCUAAUACUAUAUGUAAUGUUACCAUUAAAUCUAUCACAUAAUCAAAUGAUCAGCUAUUCUGAUUACCAACAGGCUAUUCUUGUUCAGCAUGAAUUCUGAGAAUACAUUUGCUUAUUCCAUGUAGGAAUUUUACAAUUAGGUUUUUUUUUAAUGAAAUAUAUGGUAAAAACAUUUUCAGAAAAUAAUCACAAGUUAGUAUAUCCAAUCAUCUUUUGUCCAGAUCUCCAUGUUUAUUUGUUUAUUUAUA